UUUUCAAAACCAGACCAAACCCCAAAUUAUACAAUAAAACCCGACAACCCUAAAUCAUAGUUUUUUUUUAAGUGUUAGUUUUCUUUUCUUAGUUUCUCCUCAGCCUUGUCGGGGACUCUAGGCUUUCUAGGCGAAAAAGAUGGAUAGGAUCAGCGAUUUACCUGAUGAGACUGUUUGCCAAAUUUUAUCUUUUCUUCCGACAAAGGAAGCUGCAUUAACUUCUGUCUUCUCAAAGAGAUGGAGGAAUCUGUUUGCCAUGAGUCCGAAUCUUCAUAUUCGUUUUGUUGAAGUUGACUUUUGGAAACCCAAGGCCAAAAGUAACAUGAGUUUCAUAGACUUCGUCGACAGAGUAUUGGCUGUGUCCAGUGAUUCUACCAUUAGGAGAUUCUCUAUGAUAAUCCGACGGAGUGUUGAACCAGCUCAUAUCAAUCGUUGGAUGAUUAAUGUGCUGAGCCGUGGCAUCUUGGAUCUUGGUCUGGACACACUCACUAAAGAUGUGAUUACAAUGCCUUUAGAGAUAUUCACUUGCAAGACAAUUGUUAAACUGAAACUAGGAAGCCUCGUUAAAUUUGCUAUGGUUCCUGAGAAUGCUUAUCUUCCUUCUCUUAAGACUCUGUUUCUUGUUCAUGUUCGGUUCUCUGGUUGCGAGUUUGAAGCUCUUCUUUCUGCUUGUCCUGUGCUUGAGGAAUUAACCUUGCUUGGUUGCCCUUGGGAUCCGAAACAGUGUCUAACCAUUUCGUGUACUACUCUUGAGAGACUCACUCUUUCAUGUAAAGGUACAAUCGCAUGUAGUCUUCCUUGGAGCUUUUCUUUUGAUACUCCAAGACUUGCCUACUUAAACUACCGUGGUUAUAUUGGAGAUGAGUAUCCGAUUGUUAAUCUCCACUCCCUUGUUGAAGCUAAGCUUUCUCUUGAGUUCAGGGGAUCUCCUAAUGAAAGCAAUCCAAUGAAUCUGAUUAAUGGGUUAAGAAAUGUUGAGGUCCUCGACCUGUCGUCUCUUGAAACCUCAAAGUUAUUAUUUUCAUUUUCCGAAUUAAUCCCACUGUUCGAAAAACUAUCUCGUGUAUCUAUUGCAACUGAGGUCCAACACGCGUGUUGGAGUUGGAAAUUUCUGCCACUACUGCUUAAAAAGUCUCCAAAUCUGAAGACUCUUGUCAUCAAGGGUCCCUUGCACUUCUAUGAUGAAUAUGGAGAAGAAUCUGAACCUCUAAUUUGUGAAUGCUUGUCGGAAUAUUCAUUCCUAUCCUCAUGUCACGUGAAAAUCCUAGAGAUAAUCGACUACUGCGGAACUAAAGGAGAGAUGGGGCAAAUGAAAAAAUUCCUCGAGAAAUUGCCAUGUCUUGAGCUGGUUAAUAUUCAUGCUAGUGCAAAAGCAAAGUUGACAUUCUGCACAGACCUGCAAGUGCUUCCCAGAGCUGGCAAUAUCCAGCUUAAGUUUUUUUCUUUCCAAAACUAAUUAUGGAUCAAAGAACUAGCAAAUCCAAGGAAUGAAAGUGUUUGGGGGGGGAUUUACUAGCUGGAUAUUUUUGCAAUAGAG